UACUAUGUAGACAGAUCAGCCACUUCGCCACACCCGCCUCAUUCUGCGGGUAUAAAUAUACAUUCCAAAUGACCCCAUACAUAUGAUGGGUCUCCCAUGAAUGGACCCGAUCGACAGGAAGUUGUAUCCGCCAGAUCCUCACAGCUCCCUUGGUAUCCAAACCGGGAAUCAGUGCAGCCGGAACCGCGGCCAGGCAUCCGUCUGCUACAUCCGCUGCGAGGGAGACACCUUAUUUCUCAUCCGUGCCCGGAUCCCUUCCCCGUCCUGGUGUUGUGCAGCAAUGUGGUCCCCGGACAAGUGGUAUGUGCUCUGUCCAUCCCAGAGCUCGAGCCAGUCGACUUAAACUCCGGACAAGGCCGUGGUGGAUGUAGUGGGCUCUCUGUCCCAUCUGGCUGGAUCGUCAGUCUUGAUUAGCUUCUAGUGUCCUUCCAAUGUUUCAUCCACAUUGAUUCUGCCCCGGUCGGCGAUGCAAAAGUCCGAUUGCCACUAAAAUCGAUGCAUCAGAUGCCUGAG